AUGAAGGAGGAGAAUCGUCGCCACUACGACGCCUGGACGAUGGUUACAUCACAACGCCCCAACAUGCAUUCCGAAGCAGCCCAUAAUCACCACUUGACCAGGCAAAAGUGGGCAUCAACACAGUACCAGGAUCAUGGCAGACCGAUCAAUCCAAUCUUCCAAAACAACAACAGACCCAGCAUGGCCUCCGUAUCGACAGUAAACCAGCCACUCCUGCAACAAUCUACGAUAUCUUCUCCCACAUAUGCCACGAUUCCAAAAGUAGUCGACUCACAUCGCCCGUUCAGUGAAAAGUACGGCCGCUGCCUCGAGAUCCUCCACUAUGGAAACAGUAGCACCGUUCGUUUGCAUCAAAUCAAAUUGUCGACCUAUGGAAAGAAAUCCAGGCAGUUGUUCGCUGUCAAGGUCUACCGCUUUCACAACAACAUUGUGCCCGAGCCCAACAGUCAAACACGCGAGUCCUGCUGCCCAGCUUCUGUCAUUGCGGAUCUACAUCCACGCCACCCCAACAUUCUUGCGAUCACGGAAAUCCUGCACAACGAGCGCGGGGAACUAUGUCUGGUAAUGCCCUUUUGCGCCGGGGGCGAUUUGUAUGAACUUCUCUCCCGCUCUGGUCCCCUCGCAACGAGCGAAGCAGAUUGCAUCAUCGCGCAGAUCCUCGGCGCGGUGUCUUUCCUACACGAGAACGGGACCGCACAUCGCGAUCUCCGUCUAGAGACGGUGCUUCUGACACAACAAGGAUCUAUCAAAAUGGCCGGCUUUGGUGACGAACACGUUCAACGACUAUGGAAACAGUGUGCCAUCGCCCCAGCCGAUCAUGAACAGCCCCACGAUGGGAGCCUAGAUGAUCCUGGAAGGCCUCAGCGAGCACGAUCAUGGUCAUUCUCGCUUCCCUGGAUGGUUUCCCCCUUCAACCAGAUCAGCAGCACCAAGGGGGCAAAUGGUGGAGACGCGGUCACCUCUACAGCCUCAUCUUCGGGAGUCAGCUCCCCUUAUAUCGCUCCGGAGGGGUAUUCAUCCUCGUCACGGCGGCCCUCCUAUCGAGAAAGUAUCGAGUGUGAAGAAGACGAGGAAGAUGGAGAAGGCUACCGCGAUCCUCGACCCGCUGAUGUGUGGGCCACGGCUGUCAUCUAUAUGGCCUUGAUCACGGGCCGUUUGCUCUGGCGGAGCGCACGACCCCACCGCGAAGAUGCAAAAUACCUGGAAUAUCUCCAUUGUCGACGAGAGGAGGACGGCUACCCGCCGAUUGAGGCACUUGGAAAGGUAAGCUUAAAGACGAUUAUUUGUCCUGUCCGUUGCGAGGCCUCUCACGAGAUUCACUCGGGGACAACUUAA